AUGCCGCGACAGUAUCUCGGGGAGAUUCCCAUCACGCGUGGCGGUGCGCUCCUACGACGUUACAGUUCGCCCGUGCAGAGCGAAUGGCCCGUCCCCCAGGAAGAAAACCACGACGCCUUUGUGGACCGGCUGGAGCGCGAGGCCAGCAGCGUGUUCAGCCGCAUGCGGCAGCUGUCGGUGCGCGUCACGGAGCGGUCGGCGGAGUGGCGACAGCUCUCAGCGCGGGUGACGGAGCGAUCAGCGGAUUGGCGGCGCUUGCGGUUCGGCAGCAGCGUCCGGAGGCGGCGGUGGCAGCGCAGCGCGCCGCAGCCGUCCAACAACGACGAGCAGGGCCUGGACGAGUAUGACGAGAUGGACACGGAAGCGAGUACAGAGAUUGAAAGUGAGGCUGACCAGUAUGUCGAUGACUACAACGAUGCAGCAACGCGAGGUACGACGACACCGCGACUCAGCAUGCCUAUGGGAUCCGACGAUGACGACGGGUCGGGCUCGGAUCCGGAUCUCAGCGUGCUGGCCAUGGCUAGAGGCGGUGGCCGCAGCGCGCAGGCCGCGAUGACGAGCGCGGUCAACACGCGCGAGGAGCAGAUGCUUCUGCAGCAGCAAGCCGAGGCCAUGGCGUACGAAGAAGAGGUUAUGUCACAGGGGCAGUACGAGGCCGAGGAGACGAGCAUCGGGGAGCAGGUCGAGGAUGAUGAGGACGAGGAGGAGCAGGAGGAGCAGGAGGAGCAGGAAAUACUUGUCGACCCAGCUUCCAUUGGACUCAAGGAGAUCUCCAAUCUUGGCAAGUUUACGGUCAGCAGCCACAAACCCGGCAACGGUGUGGCGGAGCUACGAAGUGAUGAUUUGAAGCUUUACUGGCAAUCCGACGGCCCGCAGCCUCACAAGCUGACGGUGUACUUUAUCAAGCGGGUAGGGAUCCGGGUGAUUCGGUUCUUUGUCGACUAUCAGGAGGACGAGUCGUACACACCGACCAAGAUUGUAUUCAAGUCGGGGACGAGCGAGAACAACAUGAUCGAAUUUGCGACAAUGACGAUGGACAGCCCUUACGGCUGGCAGGACGUGCCGAUAGAGGGAGCUGGCGGCGAGCCGGACGGCAACACGCUGGUCUCGUACGUGCUGCAGAUGCAAAUCCUGGAGAACCACCAGAACGGCAAGGACACGCACCUGCGGGGCAUCAAGAUUUACGCAUUCGACCCGGACUCGGGCCACCAGCAGGCGAGCGGGCGCCGGCAGCGGCGGCGCCGGCAGGACGAGGCUGGGGACGAGGUGGCGGCGGGUAGUGCGCGGGUGAAGGGCCGCAACAGCGAGGAUGAUGACGAUGGCGGGGUUAUGCUAGGCGGUACGAGUAGCGACAGGCUAAGCGAAAUGGCGAGGAUACUGGCAGAGUCGACGCUGCAGGCGGGCGACGGCGGAUUCUCGGCGGCUGAUUUCUUACGGGAGCCGGAGCUGAGGUAG